AUGGCUUGGUUAAGAAACCUCUCAAAAUUUUCCAAUAUUAAAUCAUCUCAAAGAGCUAAUAAAACUGACCCGUUUCACCUUUUACCAUCCUUCACAUUUUUCUCCCAUUUCAGCUCCCAACCCAUUGAGGAAAAGCCUUAUGUUAAGCCUGUUGAGCAUUCUUCAGGUUUGGAACCAACAAAGCCUCAUGAGAAACCAAGGGUGGUUGUGUUGGGUUCAGGCUGGGCUGGGUGCAGACUCAUGAAAGGGUUGGACCCUCAUAUUUAUGACAUUGUUUGUGUCUCACCUAGGAACCACAUGGUGUUUACCCCUCUACUGGCUUCCACUUGUGUUGGAACUCUUGAGUUUAGAUCAGUUGCUGAACCCAUUGGAAGGAUCCAACCAGCUAUUUCUAGAGAGCCUGGUUCUUAUUUCUUUCUUGCCAAUUGUACUUCCAUUGAUGCACAUAAUCAUACGGUGGAAUGUGAGACUGUAACUGAUGGAGAGCAGACAAUAGAUCCUUGGAAAUUUACAGUCUCUUAUGAUAAGCUAGUAAUUGCAUUAGGAUCACAUCCUUCUACUUUUGGAAUUCAAGGAGUCAACGAACAUGCCAUUUUUCUUCGUGAAGUUCACCAUGCACAGGAAAUUCGUAGGAAAUUGCUCCUAAACUUGAUGCUAUCUGAUGUUCCAGGAAUACCAGAAGAAGAAAAACAAAGGCUUUUGCACUGUGUUGUUGUUGGGGGUGGUCCUACUGGAGUUGAAUUCAGUGGUGAACUUAGUGAUUUUAUCAUGAAGGAUGUACGCCAAAGAUAUACACAUGUGAAGGAUUACAUCCGUGUUACUUUAAUUGAGGCAAAUGAGAUAUUAUCUUCUUUUGAUGACCGACUCAGGCUCUAUGCUACCAAGCAGUUGACAAAGUCAGGAGUUCGUCUUGUUCGUGGCAUUGUGAAAGAUGUUAAAGCUCAGAAGAUUAUCCUAAAUGAUGGUACUGAGGUUCCAUAUGGUUUGUUGGUAUGGUCUACUGGUGUUGGUCCAUCACCUAUUAUUCAAUCUCUAGAUCUCCCAAAAGCUCCUGGUGGAAGGAUUGGUGUUGAUGAGUGGCUUCGUGUUCCUUCAGUACAAGAUGUGUUCUCAAUAGGUGACUGCAGUGGAUUUGUUGAAAGUACGGGAAGACCAACACUUCCAGCAUUGGCUCAAGUGGCAGAGAGACAAGGUAAGUAUUUAGCAAAUAUGUUGAACAAAAUUGGUAAAGCAGGUGCAGGCCAUGCAAACAGUGGAAAAGAAAUAGAACUUGGGGAUCCAUUUGUUUACAAGCAUCUUGGAAGUAUGGCAACUAUUGGCAGAUACAAGGCUCUUGUUGACCUUAGACAAAGCAAGGAGGGAAAAGGGAUAGCACUGGCAGGAGUUCUAAGUUUUUUUAUUUGGCGCUCGGCGUAUAUUACACGCGUUGUCAGCUGGAGGAACAGAUUCUAUGUAUUUAUCAACUGGAUUACAACUCUUGUGUUCGGCCGUGAUAUAAGCAGACUAUGA